AUGUCCACAAACCCACGAAUCAUCCCCGCCACCGAAACCAACCUCCCCCGCAUUCAUCGCCAUCAACCAGACGACGCAGACGCAGACGCACUGCACACACAAAGCAGCCCCGAGACAGAGCAAGAUCCCAGCAGGAGUAUCCUAGGCAGAAGUAUCAAGCCGCCCGUGGUACGGCAUUAUAGUUGGAGCGAGGAGGAUCGGAAGCAUGCGUUGCAGGCGAGGUUGUUGGAGACGGAGGGGGAGAUGGGGUUUUCGGAGGUGAGGAGAGGGCAGGGGGGUGGGAUGGGGGAUGAGUAG